AUGUCCGAAGAAAUAGCUCCACCAGUGACAGCUGUGAGAUUGCCUGAUCCCACGCGCGACCCAGCGAGAGCAAACUUGCGCGCUUUCCUUGAAAAGUUGGCCCGUCGACGCAAGACCAUAGUAUGCAGUGCCAAGUGUCGGAAGACCAUCGAAGACACGCUGAAGAAGCUUGGCGGAAAAGGCUUGGCAAACACCGGGCGUAUCAGAUUGGAUGACUUGAAGGAAAUGCUGCGAGAGCCUCCAGCUGGUGUUCCUCCGCAAACACUCAGAGAAUUUGUUGAUAUUGCAACAGCCUAUGACGUUGGAGAUGGAUCUGUUGACCUCCGUGAAGUGCUGAAGUUUGCCUUACAAAGUGAGCCGGGAAUCUUGCAGCGAAUGAGUUGGAUAUUGCCACUUCUGGUGCUUUUGAUUUGGUUGCUCCUAGGUCCAGCGGUUUUUUGUCCGGCUGAAGGAUGGUCAUAUUUGGAUGGGCUUUACCUCUCGGUUUUGAGCUUGAGUACUGUUGGGACUGGCGGUGGCCUCUCCGAAGGGUCGCAGGUGUAUCCUCGAUCCGUUGCUGCUCAAGUGUUUUUGUUGGUCUAUGUCCUGAUUGGUGCGGUACUGACAAUUUGGUUUCUGCUCAGUCUGUCGUUAGCACUGCUGCCCCUCGAACAAAGGCCUUCCUUGAUGAGCCUAAGGAGUACCCCUGACCUCCUGGCAGAAGAUGGUCAUGGAACAAUCAAAGGUGGAUUACCUUUGGAGGAUUUGGUUGGAGAUCAUCCAGCAACAUUGCCACCAAAGUGUGAGGCUUCGGAGCAUGCAAGUGACGUGGAAAAAGGUCUUCGCGGUCCUCUGCGGGAAGAAAGUGCCAAGCCCAAGUCGAUUGUGCAGAUUCACAAAGAAAGCUUGCGCGAAUGGGCCAAACCACGCGCCAAAACUCUCCAGGCAGUAGCCUUUUGGGGCAGCAUCCUUCUUGAGGUCAUUGUGAUAUUGGCUGCAGGAACGGCCAUUGUUCUACUGUCAUCAACUACUGCAUCCUUCCUGGACGCAUUUAGCUGGGCAGUUCUUACUGGCUUGACCAUAGGAUAUGGACUGAUGGCGUCACUGGGAGAUGGUGUGAAUCAGAACCUCGCUCGCGGUUUGCAAAUUGCUUAUGUUUUGCUUGCUGUCUUCGGUAUCCUACACAUGACCUUCAAGAUUGGCCGACGAUGCCUUCGGCAACGUGCUGAAGCAUUUGAAAGGCGCAUAAAGGAGCGUAUUCUGCCAGCUGAUCUAUUGGCAGAUUUGGAUAAGACAGGCGGCGGAGUAAAUCGGUUGGAGUUUCUCUGUGCAGCGCUAUUGACCUCAGACCGUGUGUCUGGGCAUGACCUUUCGCUGGCCCUGGAGAUGUUCCAGAGAUUGGAUCCCAAUGGCAGUGGCCUCCUUCGCAGUCCGCAGUUGGAGGCCUUCCGCCGCCCAGACUCCAAGGCUCUGACACUUUCGGAGCUCUUGGAGUCUCCACAACUGCAUUCCCAACUGGAGGUGAUGCAGUUCCCAGCCAAGAAGUCCAUGAUGGAUGAAAGGACAACUGCUGUCCUGCAAGAGGUCUACAAGGAUUAUGACGCCGUUCGACGAAGUCUGGAUGCAAAAGAUGAUGAACUCCUUCAAGCACUCAAGGAGCACGGUGCCAGCGAGCAGGCUAGAGCACAGGCAGUUGCACAGCGCGAAGCCAUGCGGAAGGAGGUGGCCAUCUUGUCGCAGGCUAAAACGGACUUACUCCAGAGGGUGGACAAGGAGGCCCAGCAGAACAAGGAAGCUCAAGCUGCUGUUGAGGACUUGAAGAGCAGGCACAGAUCGUUGGAACAGAAACUCCGCCACAUGCAGCUGGAGCACGACGAGGUCAACAAUCGCUUAACAACUGCGACCCGACAACUCAAAGAGGUGCAACACCUCAACCAUGAGUAUCAGCGACGAAGUCAGGAAGCAGAGCGCGAGAUUCAAGACUUCCCACGGAGACUGAAGGAGCAGGCGGAGUGUUUGCAACAUGAAGCUGACAUCCGGGUAAAUCAGGUUCGAUUGGAAGCUGCAGAGCAAAACCUGGAAAGACAGGGGGAGAUGCAAAGUGCCCAAUUGGAGUUGAAGGCCCUGUCGUCGUCCAUGGAAGCGAUGCGCGGACAGCUGAAACAGCAUUCGCUCUCGCCAACAUCUCCGGAGGGUCCAAAUGUUGGACCCAUGUCGUCAUUGAGAACGAAGCCGCCUGGCAGUUCUUCGUGCAGGCACCACCUUUGAGAACGGGACUGCAGUGGGAUGUCUGGAGCAGGCCUUCUUGGAGCGGAGAUGCCAGUGGUCUACUGUCCGAGGGCAAGGUAAAGCAACACCUCGAAUUCUUGGAUUCGCAGGUUCGGAGGCAAGUUGAUCAUCUCGGCUCGCAGGCGCGGCGGGCUGUGAGAAACAGCAAGGAACAGCUGAACUAUGACACAUUUCGCCGUACAGCCUGAUUUCGAGGUCAAUGAUGGCAAAGUGAUGUCAAGAGGCUGAGUUCCGGCUUCAAAGUCAAGCCGAAUCAGACUCCAGCUGCAUUGCUGAUUACAGUGAUUUAAAAAAAAAUGGGUCUCACUCAAAUUACAGAAUCUGCAAUGCGAAACUGCAUUGAGAGCCAAUGUGCCAAUGAGUUUAAUGCACCCACAUGUAACCAGUAGAAUGGCCUUGCCGCGGUUGAAGUCUGCGCCAAGACUAGAUUUAAAUCCG